CAGCGUACACAGUGACCCGGCCAUCCGUCGCUUUUUCUCGCGCAUCCUCCAUAUUCACAAGGCAGCUCGUGACGUGUCGCUGGUCGAUACAUCUCAAGUUACGCUGGAGGGUGCCAUUAUCGGCGGUGCAAGGGCCGCGGCCGCUCAUGCCAUGCACAGCCCUGGACAGACCGAUAUUGAUGGCAUUCUUGGUGAUAAUUCCACACUAGCGCCAUUGAGUAGGCCCAAUACAAGCUAUUCAAGUCCCAGCAGACCUUCCUUCACUGGGAAAAUUCCGGCCAUCAUGACAAAUGGCGUGCUGUUGACUCCAGAGGGCCGCAGAGAGUCCCAAUUGGAUCCAUUGUCGGCGCAUAUCCUACAACGCACAGGUACAGGCUUCAAUGGAACACCCGAGGACUCUCCCAUCUUUAAGCGUAAUCCGAGCGACACUCAGAAACGCGAAGAAUCACCUGUGUUGGUAGAAGUGGACCACAAGGAACGCAAGAAGCGCGUUUCCUUCUUUGCAAAGCUUCGUGGUAAGGACCAUCAUGCGGAUGAACAUGUUGAGGACCCUGAAGAUCUGUCGCGCGCAGAAGGUGCCGAGGCUAGUACGUUCUGUGGUUGCUCGCACUCAGCAAAGCCACCUUAUAUUCGAGUGCGAGCUCACAAGAAGUCGAAGCGUGAUUUCAACAAUGUCUUUCUCGCUCAGGAACUCAAGCCCAAGACGAGUGAAGAAGGUGGCGCGAUCUGGUCUAUGAAGUUCUCGCCAGAUGGCCGGUACUUAGCUGUUGGAGGCCAAGACUGUGUGGUACGCGUUUGGCGCGUUCUGGCAUCGCCGAGUGAUCGACUCGACAAUGACACAGCAGGUUCGAAGCUCAAUGCACCAGUCUUUAUGGAGAAGCCAUAUCGCGAGUAUGCUGCGCAUGAGGGAGACAUUCUCGACUUGAGUUGGAGCAAAAACAACUUUCUACUUUCUUCUUCCAUGGACAAAACUGUGAGACUGUGGCACGUCUCGCAGGAAGAGUGCUUGUGCUGCUUUCAGCAUACUGAUUUUGUUACAGCCAUUGCAUUCCAUCCGAAAGACGAUCGCUUCUUUCUAUCCGGUUCACUCGACUGCAAGCUAAGAUUAUGGAGUAUUGUCGACAAGACUGUCUCAUAUUGGAAUGAGUUGCCUGAGCUGAUUACAGCAGUGGCGUUCAGUCCAGAAGGCCGAGUGGCUAUUGCAGGCAGUUUUAGCGGUCUCUGUCUAUUCUACGAAACGGAGGGACUCCGCUAUCACACACAGAUGCACGUUCGAAGUGCUCGUGGCAAGAAUAAGAAUGGAUCCAAAAUUACCGGCCUCGAAGCAUUUCUUUGGAAGGCAGGAGAUGGCUCCAGCGACGUCAAGCUUCUUGUGACAAGCAAUGACUCUCGCGUCAGAUUGUACAACCUCCGUGACAAGUCGCUCGAGAUGAAGUUCAAGGGAAAUGCCAACAGCGCUUCACAGAUCAGGGCAAGCAUCUCAGAGGAUCGACGACAUGUUGUGUGUGGUAGUGAAGACAAGCAUGUCUACAUUUGGGAUACGCAUCGCCAAGAUAAUAAUGAAAAGAAGGAACGGCUUGGCUACGAGCGGUUCGAAGCACAUACCGAGAUUGUCUCUGCGACGUGUUUUGCACCUCAGCGAUCGAGGGAAUUGCUUGUUGCUUCAGGGGAUCCGAUCUACGACCUUGUGCAGCGUUCACGGAAUCGUUCGCACACUAUUGAAAGCACCUCAAGCAGCAUCAAUGGUGAUCGCGAGUCUUUGUCUUCCCUCAUCACGGCCGGUGAAGGUCAUGUUCUAAUUACAGCAGACUAUCUUGGCAUCAUCAAGGUCUUUCGGCAAGAUGCAGCUGCUUCUCUACGUUUCACAGGAACAAGAGACUCAGUAGCGAGUGAUGCUCAAUCUCAAAAACGACUCCGUCGACGACUCUCAACAAUCUCAACGAGUACGGGCCGGAGUGCCACUGCUGUGGGCACGCCGGAACCUAAGCAAGCGUUGCAUCGCGCUGCUUCUGUUGCAAGUCUCGACAGUACCACGACAACAGCGAUGCGAAAACCUCAUGAAGCACCUGCUCCGGCAUCUCCUGCACGGAGUAAUACGGCAGGAACAGGUACAGCUUCUACGCAUGGCACACUCUCAACGAGUACAAGUAUGCCGCCACCACAGCAGAUUGGACAUGGCACGUCACGACAGUCCUUCUUUCCGCGAUCAGGCAAGCAUGCGCAAGAACCGGCAACGGAGAAAGCAAAGGAUGUCAAUGACACAAUCAACCCGGGCGAUUAUUUAGAUGCGAAUGGGGUGAGUUAUGGGUAUUAUUCGGAAAUCAAGCAAGGCCGGAUGCGUCGACGGAGUAGCUUAGCGUCCGGUGCGUCACUGGAGCGUGUCUCAACAGCGCAAUCUGUUUGGACGAAUGGGUCAGCAGACGAGACUGGACAGGGUGAUCUAAGCACAAUGGUACGGACACAGUCACAGGAAGGCUCAAGUGCUCCUAUCCCUGCUCGAGAUGUACCGCCUGGAGCGGUAGCAGGUGCAAGUAAUCACAAGCCGCGGGAGGAGUUGGUGUGCCGGUAUUGUCGCGGUGUGACAUUUACGGCUGUUCGUCAUGACACGGGUGUCAGGUUGUCUUGUUCACUUUGUUUUACAGUCAUGGAGACUUAGCUUUUAGCUGGUUCUUUUGUAUAGUAAAUGCUUCUGCGGUCGAC